AUGAAGCCCUUCGCCCUCGUUACCCCGGCCUCGCGUGGCAUUGGUCUUGAGCUGGUGCGUCGCCUGCUGCAGACGACCAGCGUGCCGGUCGUCGCGACUGCGCGGAAGGAUCUCGAUCAGGUGAAAGAGAAUGCUCUGUCUGGUCUGAAAGAUGUGUGCGAGGAACGACUACAUGUCGUCAACCUGGAUGUGCUCGAUGAGACAAUCGUAGCCGAAGCAGCAGACCAGAUCUCGAAGCUUUUCCCUAAGAAGGAGAACUAUCUUCAUCUUUCGCUGGCCAUUCCCGGCAUUCUGUUUCCAGAGAAAUCACCUGCUCAGAUCAACUACGACGAUGCCCUCCUCACCUUCCGCACAAACACGCUCGGUCCGAUGCUUCUGCUGAAGCACCUGUCGCCCUUCUUGCCGAAGAAAGCAACGAAAUUGGAAAGAGCCGAUGGGCUGCCUAAGACGGCAGUGUGGGCGAACAUGUCUGCAAGAGUGGGCUCAAUUACGGAUAAUCGACUCGGAGGGUGGUACAGCUAUCGUUCAAGCAAGGCCGCAGUCAAUCAAUUGACCAAGUCCUUUGACAAUUACCUCCUACCGAGCGCAGGUGAAAAUGCCAUGAGCAUUAGCCUUCACCCUGGCACAGUGAAGACGAAUUUGAGCAAAGAGUUCUGGGACAAUGUAAAAGAGGACAAGCUGUUCAGCCCUGGAUUUGCGGCAGAGAAGCUGCUCGAGGUGAUCAACAGUCGUACUCUCGACGACAGAGGAAAAUGCUGGGACUGGGCCGGCAAAGAGGUGCCUCCGUAA